ACCGUUGAGUGUUUACAGUGGAUGUCUACAGUUUUAUCUUGUCAAUUUUGAUUGUCCAAUCACUCUUCUGUUUUAUUCCUUGACUUCGGUAAUUCCAUGUUCAUGAAACAAUGUGUAAGAUGGCAAAAAGUGGAUUGGAGUGUGAUGUAGAGACACUUUUCUCCUGCCCUGACGAGGAGAAAGCAUAUUUCAAGAGGUUAAACACAUACCUGCAUGACUGUCGAACGAAAAUAACUCAUUUUUUGACAGAAGAGUUGAAUAAUUAUAAAGGAACUUGGAACAAAUUGGAGCAGAAUGUAGAAUUAAUAUCACAAUUGUCCAAUGAGACCAGAAACCUGGAAACAAAACUGGACAGUUUGCUUCUGGACCAAAAAGUAUUGAAUAAGAAAAUCGCUAAUGCCAUCGCAUUUGAAGAAAGUCUGGAUGACGACAUCAGCAAAGAAAAAGCUCGCAGGGAAGCGCUCACACUGGAAAUGGUUGAUUUACAACAAGAAUUGUCAAAGCAAAAGGAGGCAAAGAAGAAGGAAUGGAAUGCCAUAAAGAUGGCAAUAGCAGUAUACAAAGAGAAAUUGAACAUCCACAUCGACGUUCAGCACCAGGACGACCACGACACAUUAACUGUGACCCUCUUCCUCAACACAAAUCCCAACAAAGACAAUUAUUACAUAGUCCUCCAGAAUUCCCAUGGAGCAUGGCGAGUCUCGAACAUUCAACCACCACUGAAAGACAAGUAUCUUACCGAAAUGAAAUUGAAUUUAUCGAGAGAUUACGAGACACUCGAUAUUGCAAGAUUUAUAUGUCAAAUACGAAGUACUUUCUUAAAAUACUAUGUCAGCCAUAAAUAAUACUUUAUUGAUUCGAAUGAACAUUAAGAAAUACUCAUAUUUUUUAGAAGAGUAAAGCCUUUAUUGAUAAAAAUUAGGAUAUCUAGAAACUUUGUUUUUUUUUCUCUCGUCAUUGUUUCCUUUCCAUGUUCACAGACACACGAUUCGUUACAUAUACAUGUCAAAUUUUAUCCACUGAUCAACCAUGAACGCUUUUCUUAUCAAAAUAUAACGUUUUAUCGUUAUUUUGCAAUAAUAUUUUUUUUAUUUAUCUCUCUAUUAUCAGAGAUCAAUAAU